UUUCAAGAAACAUAUCGUGCAAUAAAACUAAGUUCAGUACAGGCUUCUAUAAAAGCACUUAUAUCUGAUAAAUUUCUUUCUAUUGAUACUCCAGAAACAUAUGAAAAACAGAUUAGACUACAU